AUGAGAUUUGGAAAGAAGAAAGACAAGGACAAUUAUGUCGCUCAGUCUCCAGAUGGAAACAGCAGCAAGAUGGAGAAGAAAAGAUUGUCGUCGUCAAAGAAGAAUAAGGACAAGGACAGGAACAACAAUCUGACACCUCACGAGAUGGGUGCACCACCACCCAACACAUUCAUUGGUGGCAAGGUGUUUGGAUCACGACUACAGGAUAAUGGAGAGGUGCCUCCACUCAUCAGGCAGACGAUCGAAUACUUGGAGGCCAACGCCCUACAGAUGCCAGGACUAUUCCGUGAGAGUGGAUCACAGCAGCAGAUCAUACAAUACAAGACUCUAAUCGAACAGGGUGUUCCAGUUGUUUUCCAGCCACACGAAGGACAUGUCGUGGCGUCCAUCCUCAAAGCAUAUCUACGUGAGCUUCAAGAUCCACUGUUAUCAUUCGAAAAUUAUAAUAUGUUUGUGGCUUGUGAAUCCAUCAAUAUCGAAUCAGUUAAACUGGAAGUUGUAAAGAAAGUAUUGAAGUUACUACCUCAUACCAACCUUGUUAUUAUAAAAUAUAUAUUCUCAUUCUUGGCCAAAGUUGUUGCCAAUUCCUCAACCAACAGGAUGACACCAGAUGCUCUGAGUGUUGUAUUCUUACCGACCAUACUUCGACCAGAGGCGACAACCGAUCAUCAGAUACUUCAGUAUACAGUGGAGGAUUCAAUGUCGACAAAGACAUUGAUGUCAACAAUAUUGCACAACUAUGACAAUAUCUUUGAGGAUCCAUGCUUCUUUGUAAGGACCAGGCAGACUAGAGCGAUAACAGAGUUCCAAUCGUCACCAUUCAAACCGACUCCUCAACAGGUGGUGCCUAAUAAGCAACAACAGGCAGGUGGUGCACCUCUGUUGGAUAUGCUUCCACCACCUCCACCACCCCCAGCUGUUGUGCAGGCGCCGCCACCUCCUCCACCUCCUUCCUCUGCGACAUCGACUCCAGAGUCUACGAUCACUUUUGCAUCGAUAGCCUCAUCAACCGUUACCAACUUUGUAUCACCACGCGUCAACACCUAUCCUCAGGCGACAUCGAUUGGAGACAAGCAACAUGUCACCAACAUGUUUGAGCCUGCCUCUUCAACCUCGCCCACCAUCUCUGCACUUCAGCUUUCAACACAUGUCGAUCCGACCGACAUUGCUCAAUGCCAACAACCUAUUACUACUACUACUGCAACUAUACAACUACCACCACCACCCGCAGCAGCUCCUCAACAACCAGCUAGUGCCAGUCCACAGACACAGCCUCGAUCACACAUCGCACCACCUCCACCACUUUUGUACAGUCAAUAUCCAAAGAAAACAUUACCAGCGAUACCCGAAUCCAUUAUGAAGAGUAACAACAAACUGCCGCCACCUCUUCCUGCCAAGCCACCUCUGUUGUCAGUGCCACCAAUUCCACCAAAGCCUCUACCCAAGGCACCACACUCCUACAUUUCGCCACCGGACGCCUCACGAGGCGCCUGGUUCCAAUCACAGGUCCGACCGAGGUCCAACACAACUGCAGUUUAA